AAAUAAAUCACGAUAUAAUUUUCAUAUAAUUUCGUCUUUGUCUUUGUUUGUACGAGGAGAGGAGAAUUCAUAAAUUAGUUACAGAUGGAACUCUUUCCUCAUUGAAACUCCGGCCUCUAUGCAACGGUCUCUCUCUCUCUCUCUCCAUCAGCCAGUACCUCAAAACAAAAAUCCAAUUUCAGACAUCAAUUGUCUCUUCCAGGAUUGCCUGAAUGAAUCUAGAAAAUCCGAAGCUCAAAACACAUGAAGAAAACGCAAUUUCAAAGUGAACAAAUAGGUAACCUUUCAGCAAUUCCUUCUCCAAUGUUAUGCGCCUCAGUUUCAUCCAUCUGUGUUGAUGAUAAUCCUCAAUUUCUGCGUCAGUUGAAUUUGCACGUUUGUCUAUGGAAUUCCACUGGAAAUCAAUCCGAGGAGCAAAUUGGGAGUGAAUACAUGAUUUGAUUAGGGAUUAAGGUCGUUUGUAAAUUUGAAUAUUUUUGUGGAUUGGAAAAAGGCAUUCCUCGUUGAGUAUGAUUGAUCACUACCUAUAAGUUGGGGGUAAACUGAGACGGGUUCCAAGUAGAUAUUGUACAUCGUCUGAAACUUUUUGAUUCUUGGCACAUUUUUGAGCUGCCUGUGAAGGUGGCCAUUUGAAUAUCGACAAUUGAGGAAUUCAACUAGACAGUAGUUUGCAUUGAAUUUGUAGAUAUGUUGGACUUUUGUGUUUCGCUUUUUGUUGCUCUUCCAACAGUGAUUUGCAAACCAAGCAUUCAUUUUGAUGGGGAAUUUAUAAGGAUCAGAAGGCUAGAUAAUGCUGAGGCAAACUUAGUCCGUGUUAGAUUUCAUUUCACUGGAGAUCACGAAAAGAGAAAUGCUUAUGCGCACAGUUAAAGUGAUUGUUGGCUUUAAAGUGACACCAUGGCAAGUGAAGUUCCUGGUACUUCAGGCCAACAGUUCAAAAAUCAUACAGGCAAGGUGGUGCCAAUUGAUGAAUUUUUUGUCGAUAAAGGUGUACAUAAUGUUUCCAUACAGACUGGUGAGGAAUUUUCGUUGGAGUUCCUAAGGGAUCGUGUUUCGCCAAGAUUGGAACCAUAUCCUGAUGUGGAUCAGCAACAGCUUCCAAGAGUUGGAUCUAACUUUUUUCAGAAUAAUCAACUGCUGUAUGAGGAUCUUACUAGUCCUAUUGGGAUAAGAAGGCAAGAUCCAGAGAGUCAGACAGAUCUUUUAGAUUUUGUUCCUGGGAAAUUAUAUGCAUCUGAACUAGAGCAGAAGGCUUAUUCAGAUAUCAUGAGCAAUUAUCACAGGGAUUACAGUGCCAGUGGCCAACAGCCAGCCAAGAUUUUGGAUGAAAUGAAUUAUAAUCAAGCAGGUGCUGCUCCAACUGGCCUACCCCUUCAUGGGUCAGGCUCUCCUCAGUUACAUCAGCCAUCUGGCCAUAGGUCAGGAUCAUCAAACGGCCAUUUUGCUGCCAAGGUGAAAUUUCUAUGCAGCUUCGGAGGAAGAAUAUUACCUAGGCCAGGUGAUGGGAAACUCAGAUAUGUUGGAGGGGAGACACGGAUUAUAUCAAUCAGGAAAAAUCUGACUUUUAAUGAACUAUUGAAGAAAACUUCUGCAAUUUGCACUCAACCUCACACCAUCAAGUACCAGCUUCCCGGUGAAGAUCUUGAUGCACUUAUAUCUGUUUCUUCUGAUGAAGAUCUUGGUCAUAUGAUAGAGGAGUAUCAUGAUUUAGGGAGAGGUUCUCAAAGAUUACGGUUAUUUCUUGUAUCUUUGGCUGAUGCUGAAAGCCAAUGCUCUUUUGAGGCUACUGUGCAACAGAGAGAUGCUGAUUACCAAUAUGUUGUAGCAGUUAAUGGAAUGCUGGACCCAGGUCACCGGAGGAGCUCUAGUGGGCAGAGUCCGUCAAGUCAAGCAAGCCAGUGGGGAAAUACCUUAGAUUGCAGUCCAACUUUCCUCAUUGAUCCCCCCACUUUCUUUCAUCCAUUGGAGGGUAAUAGAGGCAUCUCGCCAACUUUUUCAUUGACUCUCUCAAGCCCUUCCACUCAGUUCCGUAGUACACUCCCCACAGCAAACAUAUCAUGCAAUCAAUCUCCUCCUUUAUCUCCUCUGCCAGGUCAGCAUAGAGAUCCUACAAAUACCCACUUGCAGCUAUAUGAUGAUGGUGCAUUCCCUGAAGCCCAUGAAAGAAAAGGUCCUUAUGUUAUGGACCAGACAUCAUAUGGAAAUUCCUAUUGUCUUGAUGCAACUGACCAUUUUCAUAAUCAAACUCUUGAACCUUUGAAGGCAGUGAACUAUGAUCAGCCUAAUAAACAUUUGAUUGAAACCAACCAGACUCGUGAAGUACAUUUUCAUAGUCACAAACCCGGUAAAGAUUUUACCCCUCCUCCACUCUGUGGUCAAGGUGAUAUGGGCCAUAAGAAUAUGGGCUUGCAGUUUAAGUUCAUCACUGCUGAUUAUCCAACAGAUCUGUAUCCUGGACCUCAGAAGCCACUGUCUCAUGCCUUCUCUGACUCACAAUUGCAGCGUGAAGAGAAGUCCAUUUCCCACUUGGAACGUGGGAACAUCCCAGGAUACCCAUUGAAUUUCAAAAUGGAAAAAUCACCUUCCUUUGCUAUGUCCAGUACAUCUCAAGAAUGCCAAUCUGCUAAAAAUGAGAAUAAGGAGCAGGAUCAAUAUAAGUUGGAAAGGAUGGACAAGCAAGACGCUUUUUUGGGUUUUGACAGUAAUCAUUUUGAUGAAAAUGGGAAUCCCCAGUGGCAUGCUAAUGUGGCUGAACAACACAUCAUUAACUGCUAUCAAAAUUCCACACCACAGCAAGAGUUAUUAGUCUCUGAGAACACCAGCCAGAAAACUACAGAGGAUCAGCAGGAUUUUUUGACGUGGAUGAUAACUAGUGGAAGAUGUUCUGAUGGAUUUCCUGGAAUACAAACUGUUCCAUUUCAGGGCAUGAAUGGAAAAGAAGUCAUUCUUGGAAGCCCUACAUUUAUACCUGAGAUUGCACAAGAUUCAUCUGGUUCAAGUGUAAACUUACAUGAGAAUGACCCUCCUGUCGACCUUUUCCUUUGGAAUUCAGGAACGGUUGCUAGUUUAGGUAGAGCAAUUCAUCUCCUUGAGGAGGAGACACUGAAACAUCAGGAUAGUAGUGUUCCAACACUAGGCCCUGAGGGACACUCUUAUGCAGAAUUAAAAUUUGGAGAUGCCACCUUUAUCCAAUCAAAGAUCUCAGAUAACCACCUUCAGAAUAGUGCAUCAAAAUCAGCAGCUAUUAUUGAAGAUGUAACUAACAAUAUGCCUAGUGAUAUCCCAUCAUCCUCGGCAGUUCCACAUGUAAAAGAGGAAACCAGUGAUAAAAUUUCAUCUCAUAGGGAAAAAGAAAUUGAGAGUUCUGCCCCAGAAUCUGAUUUCAAGAAUGUUAAAGAUGAAGGUGAAGAAAAGAAUGAAUCUGUGAGUGAUGCUGCAAAGGGGGAAUCUAUAAGUGAUGCAACAAUCGCUGAAAUGGAAGCAGGCAUCUACGGUUUGCAGAUCAUAAAGAAUGCUGAUCUUGAAGAGCUAUUGGAGUUGGGAUCUGGUACAUAUGGAACAGUUUAUCAUGGAAAGUGGAGGGGAACCGAUGUUGCAAUCAAGAGAAUAAAAAAGAGCUGUUUUGCUGGAAGAUCAUCAGAGCAAGAACAGUUGACGAAAGACUUUUGGAGGGAGGCUCAAAUCCUAUCAAAUCUUCAUCAUCCAAAUGUAGUGGCAUUUUAUGGGGUAGUUCCAGAUGGGCCAGGAGGAACAUUGGCAACUGUUACUGAAUUCAUGGCCAAUGGAUCGCUACGACACGUCCUAGUGAAAAAGAAACGCAAAGCGCUAGAUUGGCGUAAAAAGCUUAUAGUUGCAAUGGAUGCAUCUUUUGGCAUGGAGUACUUGCAUCUGAAAAACAUCAUUCAUUUUGACCUGAAAUGUGACAAUUUGCUUGUCAAUCUGGGAGAUUCACAGCGACCGAUAUGCAAGGUUGGAGAUUUCGGCUUAUCAAGAAUCAAACGCAAUACGCUUGUGUCCGGUGGUGUACGAGGAACACUUCCAUGGAUGGCACCAGAGCUACUUAAUGGAAGUAGCAUUCGGGUUUCUGAGAAGGUUGAUGUGUUCUCUUUUGGCAUCACAAUGUGGGAGAUCUUGACUGGGGAGGAACCCUAUGAAGACAUGCAUUGUGGUGCUAUCAUUGGUGGAAUUGUGAGUAAUGCGCUGCGGCCCCCAGUGUCAGAAAGCUGCAAUCCAGAGUGGAGAAAGCUGAUGGAAGAAUGUUGGUCGCCUGACCCAGCAGCCAGGCCAUCAUUCACAGAGAUAACAAACAGGCUUCGUGACAUGUCUAUGGCGCUCCAGACAAAGCGGCAUAAUCAGGGAACCAGAUGAGAUGAGAGGCUAAGAAAAAUUAAAGAAAAUCGGCCAGUUUUCCAUCCUUUGGUGAGUUGAAUGUGUAAAGAGAAUAGACUCCAUUCAAAGGAGCUUUGCUAGAGUAAAUAUUUAUAGCAUCAAGGUAUACUGAAAUCCCACCAUAUUUGUUCCUUUGUUCCAUUAUAAACAAUUAUUCAUGGCAUAUUUUCCCUAUUAUUCAAUGGCUAUUUUAUGAUUAAA